GAGAAAAGGCAGAACCAGAGUAGAGAUUGACAGUGAGCAGAGCCAAUCAGGCUGUGAGUCUGCAGCAGUAAUCGCAGGCCGUCCAAUUAAUACUAAGAGAGUGGACCAGGGCCUCUGAGGAAGACAGAUGGCAGGGACAGCGCGCCAUGACCGAGAGAUGGCAACCCAGGCCAAGAAAAAGCUCACCACGGCCACCGACCCCAUUGAAAGACUCCGACUGCAGUGCCUGGCCAGGGGCUCUGCUGGGAUCAAAGGACUUGGCAGAGUGUUUAGAAUUAUGGAUGACGAUAACAAUCGAACUCUUGAUUUUAAAGAAUUUAUGAAAGGGUUAAAUGAUUAUGCUGUGGUAAUGGAAAGGGAAGAGGUGGAAGAGCUUUUCCGGAGGUUUGAUAAAGAUGGAAAUGGAACAAUAGACUUCAAUGAAUUUCUUCUCACAUUAAGACCUCCAAUGUCCAGAGCCAGAAAAGAGGUAAUCAUGCAAGCUUUUAGAAAGUUAGACAAGACUGGAGAUGGCGUUAUAACAAUCGAAGACCUUCGUGAGGUGUAUAAUGCAAAACACCAUCCAAAGUACCAGAAUGGGGAAUGGAGUGAGGAACAAGUAUUUAGGAAAUUUCUGGAUAACUUUGAUUCACCCUAUGACAAAGACGGAUUGGUGACCCCCGAAGAGUUCAUGAACUACUAUGCAGGCGUGAGCGCAUCCAUUGACACUGAUGUGUACUUCAUCGUCAUGAUGAGAACCGCCUGGAAGCUUUAAGCAUGUGACCUGGGGACCAGGCCUUGGGACAGCCAUGUGGUUCCAAAUGACUAAACCUCAUUUCAAAAACCAGAAUCAUAUUUGAUUUCACACUCAUCCUAAUGUUUUUUUCUGUGUCAAAAUACUGCAUUUUCUGGGGCCAAAACCAGGCAGAAAUAAAAGACAUCGAGUAGCCAACUGCGAGCUUGCCUUCCCUGAGACUGUUUCCUUUGCUCUAAAAUAGAACUUAAAUAAAAUGAGCUCUGUAAA